UGUGCAGCGAACAGACACAAACCUACAACUGAGAUAACAGCAGACAUUAAAACAGUAGAAGUUACAACAGUAGAAGUUACAACAGUAGAAGUUACAACAGUAGAAGUUACAAUAGUAGAAGAUACAAGAGUAGAAGUUACAAGAGUAGAAGUUACAAGAGUAGAAGUUACAACAGUAGAAGUUACAAGAGUAGACGUUACAAGAGUAGAAGUUACAACAGUAGAAGUUACAACAGUAGAACUUACAACAGUAGAAGUUACAAGAGUAUAUUUUUUGGGGGGAGCACAAGCGUAUAAAGAUGUCAAAGGGAAUCUAUGAAUACACAAAUGGAUUUGAAGACGAAGAACCUAAUGAAAUAAAGACCAUUGACAUUGAUGAUCAUAUUUACAACAACAAAAGACCCAUCAUGCCCCGCAAGAAGGAUGUAGCUGGGGAUCAACAUUCAGUGUCUUGUCAGUGGUGGAAGAGAUACUCUGGAGCUGCUGGAGUGUGUCUGGGGCUGCUGUGUGUUCUCCUACUGGCUGGGAUCACAGGCCUGUUACUCUACCAGAGAAACCAGUUGACCAGCUCCAACAGCCUGACUAAAGAGUGGGAACAGUUACAGAUUACCGGCAACAACCUGACUGCAGAGAGAGACCAGCUACAGACUAGCAACAACACGCUGACCAAAGAGAGAGACCAUCUACAGACCAGCGACAACAACCUGACUGCAGAGAGAGACCAGCUACAGACUAGCAACAACACCCUGAUCAAAGAGAGAGACCAGCUACAGACCAGUUACAACACCCUGACCAAAGAGAGAGACCAGCUACAGACCAGAUACAACACCCUGACCAAAGAGAGAGACCAGCUACAGACCAGAUACAACACCCUGACCAAAGAGAGAGACCAGCUCCAGAAAGAGAUAGAACGUCUGAAGAAAUCUACAGUUGAGAAAGUGUGUCCUCAAGGAUGGAAGAAGCUUGGUAGCAGUUGUUACUACGUCUCUACUGAGUUAAAAUCCUGGGAGGAGAGCAGACAGGACUGCAGAGACAGAGGAGCAGACCUGGUGGUCAUCAAGAGCCAAGAACAACAGAUAUUUGUCAAUUGGUUAUGUGGAGUAAAGAAAUAUGUCUGGAUUGGUCUGACUGACUCUGUUACUGAGGGGACCUGGAAAUGGGUGGACGACACACCACUGACCACAACGUAUUGGAACAGUGGAGAGCCUAAUGGUGGAGGAGCUGAGAACUGUGUGUAUCUCUACUCCUGGUCAUCAGACACAGGAGAAUGGUGGGCCUAUGACUGUUCCUAUAAAUAUAGAUGGAUCUGUGAGAAAUAGGAUUCAUCCUCGGUACUCUCUCUGAACUACUAAAUAAGAUUUUGCUAAGUACUAUCAAUGAGAAACUAUUUUCUGCUCAUUCAAUUUACCUUGUCAAGUACAUACAAUAUAUAACAAUACAAAUGUAUAAUACAAUAUAAUAAAAAUAACAGAACAUUUGCAAUAACAAUACAAUGACUUGAUAACAGAAAGACUGUUCUCUCUGUUGUCGUGGAAAUUCACCACUAAGGACUGAAAUUCUAAGGAAAUGAAUCAAUCUUUAUUAUCACAGUCAUAGAGGUUUAUUGAUGUUAAUUUUUAUUUUUAUUACUUUUUAUUUUAGUCUACUUGCAAAAUAUUUUUCUUAACUCUUCUUGAACUGCACUUUUAGUUAAGGGCUCGUAAGUCAUCAUUUCACUGUAAAAGUCUACACUUCUUGUAUUCGGAGCAUGUGACAAAUAAAGUUUGAUUUGAUUUGA